AUCCCAAGUCUUAUCCGACAUGUAAAAAUAGUUGCUCGGCACUUUCGUCUCUUUCGUCCACUCCACAGUGAUAAACUCUGCUAAUACUUACCAGCACUUGAAGGAGAGAGCAAUAAUUCCUUCUCCAUCCAGUCCACCAGUGGGUUUCCUUUGAUGGGUAUGUUUUGUUUUCUCAAAAACUGAUGAUUUCUCUUCAUGGCCAUUGUUAGGACUGCUUUAUCUUUGAGCUGUUUAUUUCUUUUCAUGCUUUCUUUGCUCUUUGUUUAUUUCUCUUAAAGAAAGAUAUAAUCUUUAAAGAGAAUUAUAAGUAUGAAAGGGUUACUAAACACCUUCCCUCAACGUAGUUUCUUAAAGCCCUUCAUUUUCAGUCCAAAAACAAGUUAUAAUCUUCCAGUGAUGAAAGUUGGAACUGGGUUUAUGUAUGGAAGACUUGAAGUGGGUUUCUCUAGAGGGACGAAGACAAAUUGUGUGUAUUUAAGUAGAGAUAGUGUUGUUAGCAGUGAAGGAGUUGUUGAUAGUGAUAAGGAUAAGGAAGAUGAGGAUUGGAAAUUGGAGUUUCUUGGGGAGCUUGAUCCAUUGGGUUGUCAAGCAUCUAAGAAGAGGAAAAAGCAACAAAAUUCAGGAUUGCUGAAAGAUACUGAUGGGAUGGAUUGGUGUUUGAGGGCGAGAAAGGUUGCCCUCAAGUCGAUUGAGGCGAGGGGGUUGAGUCAGAGAAUGGAAGAUUUGAUUAAUGUAAAGAAGAAGAAAAAGAAAAGGAAUAAGAAAAAGUUGGUUGGUAAGGUUAAGAAAGUUAAGGACUUUGAAGAAGAUGAUUUGGAUUUUGAUUUGGACGAAGGUGUUGAAUUGGAAGAAGGUGAUGCUGACCUUAAAAGGAUGGUGAGUAUGUUAGGGGAUGGCAUGUUUCAAGAAAGGAAAGAGAAGACCAUGGAAGAGUUUCUUCAGAGGCUAUCCCAAUUCUCUGGACCUUCUGAUCGUAAGAAAGAGAUUAACUUGAAUAGAGCGAUUGUGGAAGCACAGACUGCAGAGGAAGUUUUGGAAAUCACUGCUGAGAUGAUUAUGGCUGUUGGGAAGGGGUUGAGUCCUUCACCACUAUCCCCAUUGAAUAUUGCCACUGCACUUCAUCGAAUUGCUAAGAACAUGGAGAAGGUUUCAAUGAUGAAUACUCGUAGGUUGGCAUUUGCUCGACAGAAAGAGGUGUCGAUGCUGGUUGGUAUUGCUAUGACAGCAUUGCCUGAAUGUUCAGCGCAAGGUAUCUCAAAUAUUUCUUGGGCAUUGUCUAAGAUAGGAGGGGAGCUACUUUACUUGUCAGAAAUGGAUAGAGUUGCAGAGGUGGCCUUGACCAAGGUUGGGGAGUUCAAUUCACAGAAUGUUGCUAAUGUCGCUGGUGCUUUGGCUUCAAUGCAGCACUCUGCUCCUGAUCUAUUUUCAGCAUUGUCAAAAAGGGGCUCCGAGAUAAUUCAUACUUUCCAAGAGCAGGAGCUUGCUCAGGUUUUGUGGGCUUUUGCGUCUCUGUAUGAGCCAGCUGACUCUUUGCUUGAUGCCUUGGAUACUGUUUUCAAAAAUGCAAACCAACUUGAAUGCUCCUUAAAGACUAAAACAUCAUACUCUGAUGAGGAGAGAAGCAAUGAAGACAGUGGAGAUCUCGAUGCAGAAGGACCUCUACGGUCUCCAGUGCUCAGUUUUAAUAGGGAUCAGCUUGGGAAUAUAGCUUGGUCAUAUGCUGUUAUUGGACAAUUGGACCGAAUUUUCUUUUCAAAUGUGUGGAGAACUCUGAGCCAUUUUGAGGAGCAAAGGCUUUCAGAGCAAUAUAGAGAGGAUAUAAUGUUCGCUUCUCAGGCUCAUCUUGUGAAUCAAUGCUUGAAGCUUGAGUACCCGCAUCUUAGGUUGUCUCUUGGGGACAAUCUGGAGGAGAAAAUUGCUCGUGCUGGAAAAACUAAGAGGUUUAAUCAGAAAACAACUUCAUCAUUUCAGAAGGAAGUUGCUCGGCUUCUCGUCAGCACUGGCCUUGAUUGGGUGAGAGAAUAUGUUGUGGAUGGGUACACUGUGGAUGCUGUUGUGGUUGAUAAGAAGAUUGCUUUGGAGAUAGAUGGACCAACUCAUUUCUCCAGGAAUACUGGGAUGCCUUUAGGACAUACCAUGCUGAAACGGCGGUACAUUGCUGCUGCUGGUUGGAACGUGGUAUCAUUGUCUCAUCAAGAGUGGGAGGAAAUAGAAGGAAGUUAUGAGCAGCAAGAGUACCUGAGAGAAAUCCUCAAGGAGCAUAUAGGUGGAGACAGUAGUAGUUGCAGCAAAGAUGAAUAAUCAUCAAGGGAAUGAAAUGAUUGAAAGGUUUUUUGCUAGAUAAGAUAAAUGUAGUGCUUACUACUAUUAUUGAUUUGUUGUAUGUUUAUGACAACAAACAAGCAUGCAUAAAUAAAUAAAAGCACUACCUUGGCUUC